AUGAAAAAGGAGAGAGUCUAUAUGACUUCUGUGGAGGCAAAAACUCUGAAUCAGCACCUGGAGUACCUUCAGCUCUGGGGAGAUGACACAGAAGCUGAAGAUCAGAUUCUUGAAAGUCUGAACGGGAUUCUCCUGGCUCUUACUGAAGAUAAGCAGAGAUCCUCCAGCCUAUUCAGAGACAGUGGGAUCUUCCUAACUUUGGCAAAAAUCCUGAAGGGCAAUCCACGAUGUGCAGUGAAAGCAGCCCAGGUGCUUUCAGAGAUAGCUAAGAAUGAGGAAAUGAAGAAACCAUGUAUUGAAGCAGAUUUGGUUCUAACUUUGAUACCUUUGCUGGAGAGCACAGACGAAGAAAUGUUGCUUCAUGCUGGGAGGGCUAUUGGCCGUAUCUGUUAUGAUAAUCGGGAUCUUCAGGAAGAGCUGGUGAAGGUAGGAAUAAUCACAUCACUAGUCCGAAUAUUAACCGAUUAUGCAGAGAGUGAACCACUUGUCCAUGUUGAUUUAUUAGCCUUAUGCAAUCUUGCAGACCUUGAUACAGCCAAGGAAGCUCUAAGCAAGACAAAUGUUGCUGAACAGCUGGUGAAACAACUGAGAAGAGCAGAGAACCAUGAGAGGCUAGAAAUUGUCCUUGAGGUCCUGCAAGCACUUGCAGAAAAUGAUGCUCUGAAAGUGCAGCUGGUGGAGGCAGGUGUGCAAGAGGUGCUGUCCGAGAUCCUGCUGAGGCUCCAGGCUAGUUCACAAGCUGAAGAUACAUGCAUUGUGAAGGCUGCAUCAGAUCUCAUUGUCUCUCUGCUUCUUGGAGAUAAGUACAUGCAGAAGUUGUUUGCUAAGGGAUGUAGCAUCAUCUCCCAGAAUGCUGCUAUUUGCAUCACAUCCAAACACAUGCAGCUACAGACAGGAGCAACGGCUAUUGCUAAUUUUACAAAAAAUGAUGGCAACUGUGUACGAAUGGUACAGCUGGGAGUCAUACAUCAGCUUCUGGAUCUUUUGGAGAAACACGUAGAGAGUGGGGACGUCUCUGUUCAACAUGCUGCACUCAGUGCACUUCGAAACCUUGCUAUUCCAGUUGUUAACAAGAUUCAAGUGCUGGAAGAAGGUGUGGCAGAACGGAUUCAGGCACUUCUAAGGUCAGAGAUGCCUCCUGUGCAGUUCAAACUUCUUGGAACACUACGCAAAUUAGCAGAUGGUCAAGCUGAUGCAGCCGAAAUCUUGGGCCAAGACCCCGUGCUGCUCAACAGACUUGUACAGUGGUGCAAUGCUAAUGACCACACUGGCGUCCGUGGAGAAGCAAAUCGGCUGCUAGCAUCGAUCUUGCAUCACAACAGAUCCCAAGAAGUGGUCAAAGCCAUCCAGGAGGCACAAGGAGUGAAGCAUCUGGUUUCCAUGACAACAAGCAAACAUGCUGCCAUGCAGAAUGAGGCUCUGAAUGCCUUGGCAAUAGCAUCUGCAAUCGAUUUAGAAACGCUUGAAGAAUCAUUUAAGGAAUCACAGCUAGUUCAAAGCUUACACAAACUUCUACAAGAUGAUAAUACCAGUCCUGAGGUGAUAUAUAAUUCAAUGGGUCUUUUGUGCAGUCUUCUUAAUUCAGGUGAUCUGAGACAAGAAAUAGAAGAGAAUAAGAUUAAAGAAACCAUCGAACAACUCUGUAGUCACAGCGAUGCAAAUGUGGUCAAGGAAGCUGUCACAACAUUACAGGUUUUGAGAGGAGAGACACCCCACUAG